AUGGUACCUGAUAAGAAGUGGAUGGAACUUAUCCAUGACCGACUUGGUAAUGCUUACAAGCUUGGGGUGGACAAUAUUUUGGAUUUUGCUUUUACAAAAUUAAGUGAAGCGCGUGUAAUACGUUGUCCGUGUAUCAAAUGUUGUAAUACAUCUUCGGGAACACGUGAGAUGGUUAAGUCACAUUUAAUAGUACAUGGAAUAAUUCAAAAUUAUACUUUUUGGUAUCAUCACGGGGAAAAGUUAGGUGAGCCACAAUCAAAUUCAGAAGAUGUAGAAGAUGAUGACAUUGAAGAAGCUUAUGACAUUACGAACAUUGAUGGUGAUGAUUUUCUUGAGGAGGAACCAAAUCUUGAAGCAAAAAAAUUCUAUAGGCUUUUAAAGGAUUUUGAGCAACCAUUGUACCAAAAUUCAAAAGUUUCUAAACUUUCUACUAUGGUUAAAUUGCUUCAUAUCAAAAGUAUUGGGCGUUGGAGUUAUGAGUCAUUUACAAUGUUGUUGAAGAUGUUGAAGGAAGAUCUAUUGACUGCUGAAUCAAACUUGCCAGAUUCAUAUUAUGAGGCAAAGAAGAUAAUUCGGGAUCUUGGACUUUCUUACAAGAAGAUUGAUGCGUGUAAGAAUAAUUGCAUGUUAUAUUGGAAGGAUGACAAGUUUCUUGAAUCUUGCAAAGUUUGUGGAGCAUCUAGAUGGAAAGAGGAUAAACAUAGGGGAGAAACUAAAUUUAAGAAUGGGAAAAAGAUAGCGCACAAGAUUUUACGUUAUUUUCCCUUAAAGCCAAUACUCCAAAGAUUGUUUAUGUCCUCAAAGAUAUCAUCUUUAAUGACAUGGAAUCAUGAAAAAAGAGUUGACGAUGGAAUGAUGAGGCACUCAGCUGACUCAAUGGCAUGGAAAAAGUUUGAUGAACUUCACCAGUCUUUCGCCGCUGAACCUCGUAAUGUUCGACUUGGACUUGCUAGUGAUGGUUUUCAACCAUUUGGAAGUUCUAGAACCCCGUACAACAUUUGGCCUGUUGUACUUAUUCCUUAUAAUUUACCAUCUUGGCUAUGUAUGAAGCAAGAGAAUUUUAUUCUGUCAAUGCUUAUUCCUGGUCCUGAAAGUCCGGGAGAUGCAAUUGAUGUUUAUCUUCAGCCUUUGAUGGAUGAAUUAAAGGAAUUAUGGGAAACUGGAGUGGAGACCUUUGAUGCGUCAACCAAACAAAGUUUUAUAUUGCAUGCAGCUCUAUUAUGGAACAUUAAUGAUUUUCCAGCCUAUGCAAAUUUAUCUAGAUGGAGUAAAAAAGGAAAAUUAGCUUGCCCAUGUUGCAACAAAGAAAUAUCCUCAAUCAGGUUAGAAAAUGGUAAAAAGCAGUGUUAUAUGGGUCAUAGACGCUUUCUUCCUCUUAAUCACAAAUGGAGAAAUGAUAAACAGUCAUUUGAUGGCGCUAAGGAGCGAAGACUACCACCCAAAGUUUUAUCGGGUGAGGAUAUACUUAAUCAAGUGGCUGACUUAGAUGGUUUACUACUAACAAAGGAUCUAAAGAAGAAGCCUAAAAUAUCACAUGAGAGUAGGAGUGAUAAUUGUAAUAAGAAGAGAAAAACUAAAGAUACCAUAAAAGCUCGAUUGGAUUUGCAAGCAAUGAACAUAAAGAAAGAAUUGCAUCCAAUUAAAAAUGGGGAUAAAUAUGAGCUACCGACAGUAUGUUAUACGUUAUCUCCUGAAGAGAAGAACAUAUUUUUCAGAUUCCUAAAGAACUUAAAGGUUCCAGAUGGAUAUUCAUCAAAUAUAUCUCAGUGUGUCAACACUAAAGAUCGCAAAAUUUCAGGCCUAAAAAGUCAUGAUUGUCAUGUUCUUCUACAACAUUUACUUUCACUUGCUAUACGUGGUAUGCUUUGCAAAUCUGUAUGUAAACCUAUUAUUGAGUCGUCUUUAUUUUUCAACUUGCUUAGAGCAAAAUGUUUAAGAAUGGAAGAGUUAAAACAAAUAGCAGCUCAAAUUCCUAUAACUCUGUGCAAGUUAGAAAAGGUAUUCCCUCCUUCAUUUUUUGAUGUGAUGGUGCACUUGCCGAUCCAUUUAGCUAAUGAGGCUAUGAUUGUUGGACCUAUUCAAUAUAGAUGGAUGUAUCUAGUGGAGCGAUGGCUAUACUUUUUGAAAUCUUUAGUUGGUAAUAGGGCUUGCCCAGAAGGUUCUAUCGCGGAGGGAUAUUUGACAACUGAAUGUUUAACUUUAUGUUCAAGGUAUUUGCAUACAGUGGAAAUAAAAUUUAAUCGCCUUGAGCGGAAUUAUGAUGGUGGUAUUAUUGAAUCUGAUGGAGGUUUAACAGUUUUUUGUCAACAUGGAAAAGAUUUAAGAGCUGGAAAAAUAGAUAAACUUAAUCCAGAUGAAUUAGAGCAAGCACAUAUUUAUAUUUUGAAGAACUGUGAUGAAAUUCAACCAUUUCUCGAAGAGUUUUCACAAAUUCCAGGUGAUACCUCUCAAAAAUAUUCUGAUAGGGAGUUCAUUAGCUGGUUAAAAAAAAGUAAGAAAAUAGAAGAUUUGCUCACUUUGUCAUGUGGUCCCCUGCCAUAUAUGAGACGUCUUAAAGGUUACGUUACUAAUGGAUAUAGGUUUCAUGUGGAAGAGUAUGACAGGGGUUUGAGGACUCAAAACUACGAGGUGGUUGUAGUUGGUGAGACAGAUGAAGAGAAUAAAAAUAUUGAUUAUUAUGGAGAACUUACUGAGAUUCUUGAAUUGCAAUUUAUUGGAGGAAAAAGAGUGAUAUUGUUUAGAUGUAAGUGGUUUGAUGUGUAUGACCAAGAAAAGGGAGUUAAAAUGGAUGAAUAUGGUUUUGUGAGUAUUAACCGUCAACAAUUAUUGAAAACUAAUGAGCCAUUUGUAUUAGCAAACCAAACAUUACAAGUAUUUUAUGUCGACGAUCCUUCAAAUAAAGGCUGGCAUGUUGCAAGAAAAGUUCUACCUCGUGAUACUUUUGACAUUUUACAAGAAAAGGAUGACGAUUUGGAGAAUUUGGAUAAUUCUACACAAAUGAAAAGGAAAAGAACUGAUGAAGGUUUUUGA